UUUGCUUUAAAAUUCACAUUGUUGAGGUUCUUUUAUAUUUUCAAUUUUACUCUUGAUUGGUAUUUAUGUACUAGCAGGUAAAAAUAAAAGUAGCUCAGUAAACACUUAUCACGGUGUAUUCACAGGAAGUUUACGAAAUUUAACUAACGGACAAAUAACGCAUUUUUUAAAAUAAAAAUAUGGCUCAACAGAAGGCAGAGGACGCAAAGAAAACAAAAAUGGAACCCCGUUUAUACCUUUUUACGAUCGAUAUGAAUAUGGGUGAGCAGCGUGGAAUUGACUUACCUGGAACAGCGAAAAAAGUGCAGGCUCUUCUUGGCGGUUACUCGUCCUCAUCAAAAUGCGUCCACAAGUUUAAGGUGACUGGUGAAGCGAAGAUUGUGGCAGUAUUUGCAGUUUCUAACAUUAUUGGACUCGAGCGUAUGGUAGCGGGGCUUGCAAAACUGGGAAACAUCGAUGUCACUUGCAAAUCUUUGAAGCCCUAUGAGAAGUUUGCUGAAAUGUUGAAAGUUGACGGGGAGUUGACCAAACCAUCAACAAACUCCAUCUCGAAGGAUAAAUGUCUACACUGGCUUGACAUAACGAUUAACUAUCCAGGUAAGAGUACAGACGAGCUGCUUAAGAUCUGGACAAAAGAGGCGACAGCUGCUUUGGAAGCACGAGUUAAAGGUGGUGUUCAUCUGGAGUUGUUUAAAGUUGUUGGCGAAAGAAAGGUGCAUUUAUUUAUUGUAAUGGAACCUGACGAGUUAGAUGGAUUAACAUGGAACCUCCCUAUUGUGACGGAAAAUGGAAGCGGUGUAACCACAAUCACAAAAGCAGUACAGUGCCUGGAUGAUUAUGCUUCACGUGUGUCUACAGAAAAACUGUAGGAUGUCAUGACCGUGAGAGAAUGGCUUAGCGCAUUAACUUAUAUGUUACGCAGAAAAUUUCGCAUUGUUUUAUCAAUCUGGAAAAGAAUCGCCACUAUCAAUUGGCUGGCUUAAAAGCUGUAUAUCUAAAAGAAAUAUAAUCGUCAUCAUUUUCAUCAUAAAUUACAUCAAUGACCCAAUGAUGAAGGAGUUCGACUGGAAAUCAUUUGUCACUCACUGCUUUGGGUUCGAUCCCUGCUUUGGAUGCUGAAUUCUAUCAUAUGAAGAAGCUAUGCAGCUGACAUUCAGACGGUCUGCAGUUGUAACCAGUUGUCUGUCUGGUCCUCAAAUGAAUAAACAGUUCCCUAUGGCAUUUAAUCUGGAAAGUUGACUUUUAAUCUAAUUAUCAAGACAUAUCAUCAUUAGCAUCACCGUCAUCAUAGCCAAGAUCUUGUGUUGUAUA